UGAUGAUGUCACACUGUACCGCUGUGUUAUUAAAACUAUUAUAUUCUCUGAUAUUUAGGAUGAAUGCUCACAUGAUACAUUCCUAAUGACAUCGUAAUUUAGAUGAAUUUUUACGAUGUGGGCUUCAAGAGUUGUUCCUUACCUCGGUCGCAGGGCCAGUUGUGUACUUCAGACACAUGGAAAAACCUUGACAGGACGUGUCCCUCAAACCUUUCCCGCCACAUGCUUCUCAGUUCAACAAGGACUUAAAAACUAUUCAACAGCAGCAGACAACACGCCUCCUCCUCGAUGGAUACAGUUGGAACCAGAGUUAGAGGAGGUGCUGGUGCCGCGUAAACUGUCAGUCAGUCCUUUGGAGAGCUGGCUGUCCAUGCGAUACUCCCUCCCUCCCCUGCUGGAAGCUCCGCAGCCGCUGGAGGAGGUUGAGCUGCUGGAAGAGAAGGUGCUGCCACCUAUAGCCGUCCCCAUCUUGGAGGAUGAAAUUGGUUCUGCCACACCUCUUCAGUGUAAGAACGUCCUGGAGAUUAGACGACGGAAGAUCAACCGGCACAAAUAUAGGAAGUUUCAAAAACGUAUUCGAUUCUUGAAGAAGAAAGUGCUGGAGGGCAGAGCAAGGAAGAAGCAGGCAAGUUUUUAUUGUGUCUAAAAUGUAAAAUAUAUA